GCAGUCAGGCGGUAACGCGGGGGGUUUGUUGUGGCCGCCAUUUUCCGUGGGCAUUACUGGGAAAUCCCGGGGCCGCCGGUCGCCGGUUCCCGGAUUUCGGUCGCUUCCUCCGGUUUUUUCCCCCCCUUUUCCUCACCCACCUCCAGAGACGCCGCCCCGAGGUGGCGGCAGCCGCGGCCGCAGCGCAGGAUGCCCGGGGCCGGCCUGGCCGGGCGUUUGCCUCCGCUCUGAGCCCACCAUGUCGGGCCAGCCCGGCCAUGCCCCCUUCGCCAACCUCCAGCCCAUGGCCGAGCCCCCCCAGAUCCUUCCGGAACUAAACCUCCUCCAACGGCGCAUCCCUUUGAAUUUCCGCGACGCCGGCAACGCUCCCCUCCGCAAACUCUCCGUCGACCUCAUCAAAACCUACAAACACAUCAAUGAGGUUUAUUACGCCAAGAAGAAGCGUCGGGCGCAGCAGGGCCCCCCCGAAGACGCCGGCACCAAAAAAGAACGGCGUCUCUGGAACGAGGGUUACGACGACGACAACCACGAUUACAUCGUCCGCAGCGGCGAGCGCUGGCUCGAUCGUUACGAGAUCGACUCCCUCAUCGGCAAGGGUUCCUUCGGCCAGGUGGUGAAGGCGUACGACCACCAAGCGCAGGAGUGGGUGGCUAUUAAAAUCAUCAAAAACAAGAAAGCGUUUCUCAACCAGGCGCAAAUCGAACUCCGGCUCCUUCAGCUGAUGAACCAACACCACACCGAGAUGAAAUACUACAUCGUUCACCUCAAGCGUCACUUCAUGUUCCGCAACCACCUCUGCCUGGCUUUCGAGCUCCUCUCCUACAACCUCUACGAUCUCCUCCGCAACACCAAUUUCCGGGGCGUCUCCCUCAACCUCACCCGGAAAUUCGCCCAGCAGCUCUGCGCCGCCCUCCUCUUCCUCGCCACCCCCGAGCUCAGCAUCAUCCACUGCGACCUCAAACCCGAGAACAUCCUCCUCUGCAACCCCAAACGCUCCGCCGUGAAAAUCGUCGAUUUCGGCAGUUCCUGUCAGCUCGGGCAGAGGAUCUACCAGUACAUCCAGAGCCGGUUCUACCGUUCCCCCGAGGUGCUGCUGGGGCUCCCCUACGACCUGGCCAUCGACAUGUGGUCCCUGGGCUGCAUCCUGGUGGAGAUGCACACCGGGGAGCCCCUCUUCAGCGGCGCUAAUGAGGCCGACCAGAUGAACCGGAUCGUGGAGGUGCUGGGGCUGCCCCCCCCCCACAUGCUGGAACAGGCUCCCAAAGCCCGAAAAUACUUUGAGAAGCUUCCGGAAGGGGGGUGGGCCCUCAAGAGAAACAAGGAGAGCAAGAAGGAAUACAAGGUGCCGGGAACGCGACGACUCCACGAGGUGCUGGGGGUGGAGAGCGGCGGGCCGGGGGGCCGUCGGGCGGGGGAGCAAGGCCACGCCCCUUCGGACUACUUAAAAUUUAAGGAUUUAGUCUUACGGAUGUUGGAUUACGAACCCCGAAGUCGCAUCACCCCUUUCUACGCUCUCCAACACAAUUUCUUCAAAAAAACCAACGACGAAGGCACCAACACCAGUAACAGCACUUCCACCAGUCCCGCCAUGGAGCAUAGUCACAGCACCAGUACCACCAGUUCCAUCUCCAGUUCGGGUGGCUCCAGCGGCUCGUCCAACGACAACCGCAGCUACCGCUACAGCAACCGCUACUACGGGACCGCGGCCCCCACCCACACCGACUACGAGAUGCAGAGCCCCCAGGCCCCCCCAGCGCAACCACCCCGACCUUGGCCCGGGGGGGACCCGGCCGUCCCCCCCGUCACCGUCACCGACGCCUUCAACCCCUUGGGACCCCCCAAACCCCCCCAAAUCCUGCCUGGAGGAGGAGGAGGAGGAGAAAGGGGGGGCGCCCCCCCGCCUUUCCCACGCCCCCCCCCGCCCCCCCACCACCACCACCACCACCAUCACCACCAUCACCACCAGCACCAGCACCAC